ACAACAAACAACAAGAAUCUGUGUUCCCUUAGCUGUUUAUUUUAACCACUUAAUUCGAAAUUCGAAAUUUUUGCAAGAAAGCGGUUCUGUUAUAAAAAAAUUAUAAAAUAACGCGCGGCAAAAAAACGGAAAAAUUAUUUCGGGGCCGGCAAAUCAAAAUUAUAUAUACGAGAGAUACGUCGAUACAAUUUGUUUUAAACAAACGCCGUUCCGAAACGAGAAAACAAAAUAAAUAUUUCAUUCAGUUCAAAUAAAACGGUGUAAACAGCUGUGUUUAGUUCAUUAAAGAAUUUAUUGUUUAUGAUUUCGGCGGGGAUGCUUCGAGCCUGCCCUGUGUGUACGUUGUUUUUGCAAAAUAGCAACGCUUCUCCUCGCCGCCCUCAACAAAAAAGGGGCGUGGGAAUUUUCACGUGCUUGUGUUAGUGUUUUUGUGUAUAACAUGAAUUAAAAGGAAGUUCCUGAAUCCUUCAUCCAGAAAUUGUCAUGUAACUUCUUAGAAGUGCGGAUAUUUCAAGGGAAAAUUGCCGGAAAGUCAGGAAAAAAAAAGGCAAAGGGGAAAAAAAAGGAUAACGAAUUAGUCAUCGCUGGCAGCGACGUUAGCUGCGCAGUCGGCAGCGCAGUCGGCAGCGCAUCCUGUCCACUUGUGCGCGUGUGUGUACGUGCGUUUAUCUGCCCGCGUGUAUGUGUGCUUGUGUGUGUCUCUCUAUUUUUGAAUCGCCGCCGGUUUUUGCAAAACAACAACAACAACUUGUUUGUUUCAACUGAACGAGAGAGACGGCGACAGGGAGAGCAGAAUGGAGCGAAAAUUUACGCGGGGCUUGAAUAAGCUCGGCUCGGCGGUGCAAAUGAGAGAGAAUGUAUCUCAGCUGGUCCGAGAGAGCGCCGUUUUGAACAAGCCCAUGGUGGUGGAGCCGAUCGACUUUGAAGCCUUUAUAGCCAAAAAUAAAACAGUUAUCCAGAAUGAUCCCCAGAGGGAGCUGCUCAUCUAUCCCGCUGACGAUGUCUCCGAGAUCAUCAUGCCCCGCAAGCAACGCACCAAUGCCAAAUCCGUGGCCGAUCGCUUCGAGCCCCCCAACGAGGCGAUUGUUUGUCCCCUGCAUGGCCCCUCAAUAAUUGGCAAUGGAAAUGGCCAUAGCCAGGUGAGCCGGCAGGGUAGCAUCCAGUCAAAUGGUAGCCUCCACAAUGGCACCUCCAAUGGUAAUGGACACAACAGCAGCAGCAGUAACAGCAGUCUGUCCAACUCCAAUGGCCAUGGCCAACUAUCAAGGAAGAGCUCACAAUGCUCGAAUGGUUCCUCCAGUCACAAGGACUCCUCCUAUGAGUCGGCCUUGUCCUCAAUCACACUCCGUUCCCAUCUGGCCCAGCCGGAGGAGGUGGAUGAGUAUGCGGAUGAUGGACAUGGUGAGGAUAUGGUGGAUGGUCAGGCUAUACACGGAUCUAGAGCGGAGUGUACGCGCUUUACACGACAGGCUCUGUACACUUACAGGGCCAAGAAUCAUUUGAUUCAUUAUAAAUAUAAUGCCUACGGUGGGAACUGUCAUGAUCUGCCAAGCAUUUCCCCCGCCGAGGAACUUCUAGAGGAGGUUUAUGAGAUCGAUGCCGAUCAGGAUCGCAUUGAUGAGCAGAUGACUCGCUCUCAGGCGGACACCAUCACCAAGCAGGGAUACCUACUCAAAGGACCCGAUUCGGCUUCGGAUCGUAUGUUUGCCAACAUAGGCAACAAGUCCUUUAAGCGUCGCUAUUGCUAUUUGCGCCAGGAGAUUGAUGGCACCUAUAUCUUAGAGCUGCACAAGGACGAGAAGCAGGGCGAAGCCAAGGCCACCAUAGUCAUGGAUUUUUGCACCGAGGUGGUGCAGAAUCCCAAACGUGGCCGCUUCUGCUUUGAGCUCCGCAUGACUGCUGGCCAUAAAUCCUUCACCCUGGCCGCCGAGAACGAGCAGGACUUUAAGGACUGGCUGGGCAAGCUUUCCUCGGUUUUGGCUCAAAAUCGUGCCCAGGAAGAGAAGCGAAAUGCCUCGCUGGAGCGCCAGCCCUCGGUUAAUUCCAACCCUGGACCGCAGCUCCAAGCUCCAAACGUAGAACCUCAGACCUUUGGCACCCUCAAGGGCUUGGAUCAAUCGCUGCAUCCGCAACUAAUGAAAUACGGCAGGGAAACUGAUCACUCAAUAGCCUUGGCCAGGAGAGAGCAGCGUCGCCGGCUGUUUGCCUGCUACCAGUCCCCAGCCAAGUCCAGUGGCAGUGACAAUGUGGAGCAGUAUCGAGAGCAUUUUGGCACGCGUCUCCUGCUUACCUGCCACAAUCUACGCUUUCGACUGCAGUGUAUACCCCAGGAGGAGGGAGCUUCUGCGAGCGAGCAGCAAGUGGAGCCCUACAUCACCAGCUUGGCUUUGUACGAUGCCAAGGCGAACCGCAAGCUGAGCGAAAAUUUCUACUUCAAUGUGAAUGAGCCCUGGGCGGCCCAACUUCUGCCGAAUACCCCGGUUCCUUCCUCAGUGGCUGGCUGUGGAGUUCCUAGAAAAUCAGCAGAUGGCGAUGAAAGAAGCACUGGCUCUCAGGCGCCUCACUCCUUGUUCGAUGGGGUAUCCGCAGAGUUGCUAAGAUCGAAUCGCCAGCAAUUUCAGCAGCUAAAACAGUGCCUGCUUUCGGUGACCUCUCCACAUGCGGAUAUAUAUUUGGUGGUGCGUGUGGAGAAACUCCUGCAAUGCGGCAUAGCCCAGGCAGCUGAACCCUAUCUCAAGGCUGGCAAGGAUCCCAAGUUGGGCCAGAAGGUCUACAAGGCCGCCAAGAGUUGUGCCCAGCACAUAGGUCACUAUAGACAGCCCUUUGCCUGGGCAGCUAGACCACUGUUCAAGCAGUACAGCCAUGAACUGGAUGUGGAUCCGCACAAGGAGUUUGAAUUCAGUCCCAUUUAUCGGCAGGAGUUACCCAAACUGAAGGAUGAGGAGCUGCUAAAGCUUCUGGUGGACUAUCGCAAGCCAGAGAAGCUAAGCAAACUCACCAUUAUACCGGGUAGCCUGAAGAUGCAGAUGCAGUUUCUGGACCAAAGCACACCCCAAUGUGGCCUGAGUAAAUCACUGGCCCCCUUGUCCACCUUUAGCCCCAAUUCCAAGCACUCACCCACCAUUGAGGUGGCUGAAUUUCAGAGUCAGAGCGAGCGAGAGGCUCAUCCUUAUACGAGUUUCUGCAAUCACCUGUAUGUGUAUCCUUUGAGCUUGCAAUUUGAUAGCCAGAAGCUGUUCUCGCGAGCCAGGAACAUCACCGUGGUGGUGGAGCUAAGGGACAGCGAUGGAGAGUACAGCAAGCCUCUCAAAUGCAUCUAUGGUCGUCCUGGACAGGAUUUGCUGGUAUCCCAGAUAGCCUGCCCUGUGCUACAUCACAAUGUGACUCCCACAUGGUACGAGGAGAUCAAGCUGCGUCUUCCCUUGGGUCUAUUUCCAGAGCAUCAUUUGCUCUUCUCUUUCUACCAUGUGUCGUGUAAUCUGAGCAAAAAACGGGAUGCAAAUGCUGCAUUUGAGACGCCUAUAGGAUAUGCCUGGCUGCCGUUGCUACAGAAGAAUAGGAUUUGUUUGGAGGAGCAGCAGCUGCCGGUGGCAGCCACCUUGCCGGUGGGAUACCUCUCCAUUCAGCCUCUGGGAUGGGGCAAGGGGCAGAACUGCGGUCCGGACAUCCAGUGGAUAGACAAUCAGAGGAAUCUCUAUACGGUGGGGCUAAGACUGGACUCUACGGUUCUAACGGCGGACCAGCACUUGCACAACUUCUUUGGACAUUGCGAAAGACUUCUAGAGGGCGGCAAGACGGGAGCUGUGCCGGCGGAAACGGAAACCUGCAAGAUCCUUAAGGCAGCUCAUGCCAUAGAUAUGCGUUCCUUGAUUAACUACCUGCCCACUGUCCUCAAUGAGCUCUUCACUCUGCUGGUUCACACCCAGUCCGAGGAGAUUGGCCUAAAUGUCAUCCGUUUGAUAACAAACAUUAUACACUUGAUAAGCGAUCAAGCCAAGAGGCCGGAUCUGCUGGGAGCCUAUGUAAAGUACGUGUUUCAUGCUCCUUACUACAGUCAGCAAACGGCAAGGCAGAGGACUGUCCAUGGAGAGCUCUGCCGGCACUUGCCCUUCCUCCUGAAUCCCAGCAAUCCCGAUUUCCUUAUCGUCAACAAAUUCAUGCGCUACUCUGCCAUAUUCUUCGAUUUGAUUGUGAAGAGUAUGGCUCAGCAUUUGCUGGCCACUGGCAGGAUAAGGAUGCUAAGGAAUGAGAGGUUUCCCAAGGAGUAUGCCGAUCGGGUGGAGCAACUGAUCAAGGUCCUGAUGCCAUAUAUCACCACGCGUUAUGAGGAUCUGGGCGAGGAAACGCAUCUGCUAAAUCGCUCUCUGGCGAGAUUCGUGCGCCAGUGCCUGAGCUACAUGGACAGGGGAUUUGUGUAUCGUUUGAUUCGUUGUUAUAUGGGAGAGUUUGCACCUGGCAAUGCCAGGAUACUCCACGAGUACAAGUUUAACUUUCUGCAGGAGAUUUGUCAGCAUGAGCACUAUGUGCCACUCAAUCUGCCGUUUGUAUUGAAUCCCAAGAACAGACCGCCAGAGAUGAUGCAGCACUUUACCCUUUCUGAGCAGUUCUGCCGACAGCAUUUUCUGUCGGGUUUGCUGCUCCAAGAGCUGAAGAGUAGCCUCAACGAGGUGGGUCAUGUGCGACGACAUGCUCUGGGCAUCUUCAAGGAUCUGCUGGCCAAGCACGAGCUGGAUAACCGUUAUCAGCAGCGGGGACAACUGUCGCGUAUUGCCCUGCUCUAUGUUCCCUGGCUCGGUGUAGUGAUGGACAACAUCCAUCGCAUCGAUGACAUGUCCGAGUCCGGAGCCUGUACACCCAAUGGCCAUGUCUAUGCCGACUCGGCUUCCUAUACGAAGCGACUGAGCUGCUCCAGCAGUUAUGUGUUUAGCAAGGACUCGUCCACUUUUGGUUCUUUGACUUCUACUCCAAGGUCAAAGAAUCGCCUCACUCUGCACUGCGAUCAGCCGAGUCCCUAUCGCACCUCGGUCCACAUGAAGGAGCACAACUACCUGGCCGCCAUAGCUGGACAGCCCAUAAGUAAUGGCAUCUCCAAUCUUUCGCUUAAUUCCAACACGGAUUCUGGGCACUCCCAGGACACCACUACCAUUGGUGCUUAUACCAACGGAGAUGCCGAUGUGGCCCUGCGAAAUGGUCAUAAUCGCUCUGUGAGCGUAACCCAUGCACAGAUCCUCUCGCGCUGCGACAAGUUCAGCUCAGCGGAGAGCAAGGACUUACUGCUGGGCUUCCUGUUUAUCAUCAAGCACUUGUCGCAGGAUCAAAUGGUGGCCUGGUGGCAGAACUGCAAUGAGUCCGAGACCCUGCAGUUCCUCUCCAUUCUGGAUCUCUGCCUGCUGCAAUUCCGCUAUGUGGGUAAGAAGAGUGUGGUUUUAACUCCAACCGACUCCCGGUCAGGUCGCUCUGCCAAGGCUCACACGCUGCCAGCGAGAACGCAACCUCCUACGGGUUUGGAGAAUGGCAACAGCCAGGAGCAGCAGCAGCCCAACAGUGGCACCCUCAACCAAACCCGAGAGCAUCUCUUGGAAGAUAUGGACUCACUGGCCAGAAGUCAGUUGGCGCUCUACGAAUCCAAUUUGGCCACUGAGGUGGGCAUGAUAAUCCUGGACUGCCUCGGCAUGUAUGUCCUGCAAUUCCGGCAACUUCUAGCGGAUAGCACUAUCCUACCCAAGUUGGCCCGCGUCUAUCUAAGAUUCCUGCAACUUGGCCAGUCGGAGAGGCUCUCGAAGCACGUCUUUGCUGCUCUGAGAGCUUUUAUCAACAACUAUGCCGUGGCUUUGUUCAAGGGGAAUGCCAUGCUUUGCGGUCAAAUGGUCUAUGAGCUUCUAAAGGCCUGCGAUAGCCGCCUGGUGGAAAUACGCCACGAGUCCUGUGCCGUACUCUAUCUUCUUAUGCGCAGCAAUUUCGAAUUCAGUGGGAGGAAAGCCCUCACCCGAGUCCACCUCCAAGUCAUCAUUUCCGUCUCCCAAAUGAUUGGCAAUGUGAUUGGGCUGAAUAAUGCCCGGUUUCAGGAGAGCCUGUCCAUCAUCAACAGCUAUGCGAAUAGCGACAAGGCCAUGAAGGGCACUGGCUUUCCCAUGGAGGUCAAGGACUUGACACGUCGCGUGCGCACCGUCCUCAUGGCCACGGCUCAGAUGCAGGCCCAUCACAUGGAUCCGGAACGUUUGCUGGAGCUACAGUAUUCCCUGGCCAAUUCGUAUGCCUCCACGCCGGAGCUGCGUCACACCUGGCUGGUGACCAUGGCCAGGAAUCACGAGCAGAAUGGAAAUCUCUCGGAGGCAGCCUGCUGUCAUCUUCACAUAGCAGCUCUGAUGUGCGAAUAUCUGCGCUUGAGAGGAGGGUGCAGUCUCAGUUGGUCGUCCACGGCCUUUGGCAAGAUAUCCAGAAAUAUUCCAUUGGAUGAGCAGGGUCUGAAGUUGGAUGCAGGGGCCCAGGACUCGCAGUACACAGAGCAAAUGCUCUUGGAGCAGCUGAAACAGUGUGCUGAUUUCUUGGAUCGCGCUGAGAGAUUUGAGUGCUUGGGAGAGCUCUAUAAGCUUAUACUGCCGAUGUACGAAAGGGAUCGCAGCUUUUUGGAACUGGCCCACUGCUAUGAGCACUUGACCCAGGCCUACAACAAGAUUGUGGAGGUGAAUCGUUCGGGCAAAAGGAUGCUGGGUCGUUUCUACCGAGUGGUUUUCUAUGGAAUGAUGUACUUUGAGGAGGACCAUGCUAUUGAGUAUGUGUACAAGGAGCCAAAGCUAACCUCGCUGAGUGAGAUAUCCGAAAGACUGGGCAAGCAGUACAGGGAGAAGUUUGGAGCUGAUGUGGUCAAGAUGAUCAUGGAUUCGUCACCGGUCAAAGUUGAUGAAUUGGAUGCCAAGCUGGCCUACAUACAGGUCACCCAUGUAAUUCCCUUCUUCUCCAAGGAUGAACUCGAUCAAAGGCUAAACGAAUUCGAACAGAAUCACGAUGUGGACACGUUUAUGUAUGAAACGCCGUUCACCAAAUCGGGAGCAGCUCGGGGCAGCGUCGAAGAGCAAUGGAAACGCAAGACGGUCAUUAAGACUCAAUACUCCUUUCCCUAUGUCCUUAAACGUAUACCAGUGAAAGCCCGCGAGAUCAUAGAACUGAGUCCCAUCGAGGUGGCCAUCGAUGAGAUGCAAUCAAAGGUUUCAGAACUGGAGGAGAUCAUUCUCCCGCCAGCCGAUGUCAAGAAGCUGCAGUUGCGCCUGCAAGGAAGUGUGGCGGUGACCGUGAAUGCAGGUCCUUUGGCCUACGCUCAUGCCUUCCUGGAUGCCAAAGUAGUUAAUAAUUUCUCUGUGGAUCGCGUUAGCGAUCUCAAGGAUGUGUUUCGCGACUUUAUUGUGGUUUGCCAGAAGGCUUUGUUCCUCAACGAACGUAUCAUUAGUGCUGACCAAAAGGAGUACCAUCAUGUGCUAAAGGAAAACUACGAGAAGCUGUGCCAGGCUCUCAGUGAGUUGCUUGACGAUGAGUCCUUCCAGCCGCUAAGCGACGAUGCCGACAGCAUAAAUCAGCGCAACAGCAUGGCUUUGUUCAACGCAAUCAGCGGCGCAUCCCAUAACUCAAGUACUGCUUAAGUUCAGCAAAAACACAAAAAAAAAGAUACCAAAACUCAGAUAUCAGAUAUCAGAUACGUAGAUACAGAUACACGCACAUUGAUCUAACCAGAAAACAAAAGAAUACCAAGUACAUAUACUGUAUUUGAGAAUAACACCAGCAGAGAGGCGUAGGCGUAACCACAACGUAUUUAGUCUUAACCUAGACAUGUGUUUGGUGUUUCCUUGUUUGAUGUUGAAAUUGAAAUUGAAGUUGAAAUUGAAGUUGAAUUUGUCUGGCGGCAGGUAAAGCGCAACUUUUGGGCUUUACGGUUCGAGUCUUGGCUAAGAGGGGCUCGCUUGUGACUAACACUGCACGAAAAAUCCUAAAAAGUAAACCCUAAAUCAUUGUGGUGGCUACUAAUUCGAACCAAAAACUAACUGUAAGCCUCAAUGCUAAAUUCUAACUAAAAAACUAUGUGUUUUGUCAGCUUUUUUCCCCCUAAAAUGCUUUUGCCAUUUUGUAUUAACAACAUUUUUUGUAAUUCUCCCAUUUUUUUAGGACCGUAUUUUGUUGAGCAAAAUACCAGCAACAAUACCCACCACCAACACCACAACCACAACCACUGUUCCCACAUAAACACACAGAACUCCACAUAACCGAACUAUAAGUUCCCCAAGUUCCAGUUAAACGAGAAAUCACUUGUUAAUUUCUACGACUAAGCUUAAGAUUAACCCUCAUUGAUUGUUGUUAGAUUUUUAUGUUGAACAAUUGGAUUUUAAAUUUCCUUAAAUUUUAUUUAAAUAUUUUUAAGAACAGAUAACCUGAAGUUUAGCAUGUAAACUGUAUAUUAUUAUAAUUAUUUGGAUUUUAAUUUGCCAGAACCAUUUACUUUACUAGAUCGAAUCUGCUGCUAACCUUGUGUCUUCUUCAAAACUCGAAAUAUCUAAAAAAAAUAUUUUAAAUAAUUUAAAUCAAUUCCUAGUUGUAAUGUUGUAACAAACCUAGACGAAUAAGUUCCAGCAAGCAAACAGAACUUACCAAAGUAUUCAAAUAAUGGAAAAACCU